AUGCCUUCAAGUUCGCCCGUGAUGGAUGGAGAUGACGAAUCAACGGUCGAUAUGAUCGAUGAGGAAGAAGAGCAAGCGACUCAUGGCUCAUCCAUACCGCAAUCAAAAGCGCAACAACAAUCUGGAAACUCAAAAUCUUCCGCAGCAUCAUCAACGGAGACCCCCACUCGGGAUGUAAAGGAAUUGAUGAAGAUUGCGAAAGGCUUGUUGGAAUUGAAACAAAAGAUUCCUUCGGGAUCCAAUCUAACCAAUCAGCAUGUGGCAAAAUUGUACAAAUAUUUGGAUGAUAACAAACUGAACAAGUCUUUGAAAGAACUCAAACACAUUUUCUCGUCGUACAUGUCAAAAUCUGAUUUUGAUUCCUUGUUCAAUUUUGUACAGACAUAUUUCUUGGCUUGUAGAAAUUUGAGUGAUUCCGAAGUAGCCUAUAAUUUGAAUGGUAAUGCUUCUGGAGGUUCCUCCUCUAGUUCUGGAUCAUUCUCUUCAGAUAUUGAAAAAUUAGCCCGUGAACGAACAUUCAUCUUAAAAUGUUUAGUGAGUUGGAUGUUUGAAGGAAGAAUUGAAGGAAAGGUAGCAAAGAAUGGUCUUUUCAUCAUUUAUGAAGAACUAGACUACAUACCUGAUAGCAUGUUGGUUUCACUCAUUCAAGUCAUUUACAAAUUAUUCAAAGAUAGAUCAUGUGCAUUUGAUGAGUUUUCUCCUAUCGGUGUUUCCAACAAUUUUGAAAAUGUUCUUGAGAAUAGUGCAGGCCUUGUUCUUGACGUUUGGUCGCAAUGCAUUUCUACUGUCAUGUCGAAAGAUGAAAUUGAAAUCAAUUCAAAAUCAAAGAAAAAGAAAAAAACAGACGAGUACAAGACGACCAUUAUCAAAGAUAUUUGUUCUUGUGAUUGGUCUCAAAAGGUUUUAGCUUUUGCAAAUGCUUUUAAAGACAUGCCAUUGACAGAAAUUGAAUUGGAUAUUGUAUUGGACAAAUUGCUUAGCUAUCUUCACAAAAUGAAUCUGAACGAUUCAGCUCCUCUUAUAUAUCAAUUAUUACUACUUUCAUCAAGAGGAAAGAAGCAAAAAAUCUUACAGGGUAUUAUUUCAUAUUUUGACAAUGUCGAAAAAGAAAAGAGACGAAACUCACUCGGGUAUAACGAAGAUUCUGUACUCAAUCUAGAAGGAACUGUUUUGCAUUUCAUUGAUUAUGCUAUCAAACAAAAUCAAGAUUUAGCCUCUGAAAUGCUUAAACUCAUCAAGAAUGAACCAACCUCAGCACUCAAUACGUUCAAAGUAUCAUUUCUGCUAAUUAUUUCAAGCUUAACAAAUUUCGAAGAAAAGGCGUUCAAGCUUUUAAAAUCAUUGGUAGAAGAAGACUACAAACAAUCUAUCAAAUCUCGUAUUUUCAUUACCGAAGACGAACAAAAAGUCUUAUCUUUCAAUACCAACUCUUACAAAGUCAUUAUGGAUACCAUCAAAAAGUGUGGCAGAGGACGAGAUUUUAUGGUGAAAUCAGUUGUUGAUUUCGCAUGCUAUUUGCUUGACUCAAAGAAGCCAAAAACAGAAGAUGCUCCAUCCUUAUCAUUGACCGCCCAAGCUUUUCAUCCUCACAAACUAGGUUUAGAAAUAUUGAGCAAAAUAUUUGAGAUUAAUAAUGUAGUUCGAUCGGACAUUCUUUCUAGGAUAUUCAAUCGUGUGGUGACAAAUUAUGGCAAUAUUGAAAAGUAUAUUGAAUUGCUGGCAAACCUUUCGUUGAACCAAACAUCCUAUGUCUUGGAUCACAUUUCCAAGUUGAAGGAAACCAUUGAAUAUCUCUCUACGAUGCCAACGGAUGUUGCUAAAGCCCUUCUAGCUGCUGUACAGCCGCUCUAUAAGACUAGUCAAGAAUUUCAAGAUCAAGUUGUGCUCGUUCUUCGAAAAUCCAUGUACAACCGAGAGUUGGAUUCUCGACAAGUGGCUCUCAGUGGUUUUUUACAAAUUUUACUUUCCUCUGGCGAGUUGGACGAGAUCUCUCAUAGAAAUAUCGGAAGUAGUAGUAGCAGUAGCAGUACUAACAGUGCCAAUCAUUCAAAACCAAGCUCUGUUGAUUUGGAAAUAAUUGGAUUUUUAAGAAGAUGUCUCAGCAUGCAAACACCGAUAAGAAAAGCUCUCUAUCGUGGACUUUCUCAUGUUGUGCAGAAAAAGCCUUACCUUUUGAACGAGAUAUGUCCCAUCCUCAUGGAUCAAUUGAAAAAGUACAUCUCUGUUAAUGACGACGGUGAAAUUGACGGAUUCUUUUUAGAUAGCUGCAUUGACUCAAAGACCAUGAUCAUUAUUGAACCUCUUCCUGAUUUAUUGACUCUACUUGCUGAAUGUUCUUCACCAGACGGUGGAGGAAACCCUUAUGAUAUUCUUCUUGGAUUCGUUCAGUUUUUCCUUCACAAAGAAAUUGCUGACUUUGGAAUAGACGCACCUUUCGAUGAUACAAACGAAGGUAGAAAGAACAGACUAAUAGCUGGUCUUUAUCUUGGUUGUAUUGAAUCUAUUCUUUACUUUGCAAUAGUAAUUGUGAUGAACGACAAAGAAAACAAGAAUUCAAUUCCAGAUAUAAUUGAUCAAAGCUGGGACAAGUACUCAAAAGUUUUGGAAAAUUUAAGUAAGAAGAGUGCUUCUAAAAAAAAGACAAACGAAAAGUUCGAUUACACAGAAUUCUUGCCUGAGCUAAGCUCUUCAUUUUGCAAAGAAGCAUUGCUGAGAGCUGCGAAAACAACAGAGAAAAAUGCUAAAGAAAAGAAAGACACUGAUCAUGCCUUAACAGAUAGCAGAUAUCACACCUUCAUUAUCAAAUUGAUUACAAAGAAAAUCAAAAUGGCAAAAAAAGGCCAACAAUAUCUUGAAAAUAAGGAAAUGUUCGAUUUAUGCUAUGCUAUUUUCAGUUUUCUGAUUAGAAUGUCAAACAUUGUUGGUAAAGGUAACAGCAGUGAUGGUGAUUCUUCUAAAAGUAAGGACAAAGAAAAAAAGGAAAAGGUUAACUCUCUUGCUACUGAAGCAUUCGAUGAUUUAAUCAAAAUGAAAUUUCAAUCAAGUACUCAAAGAGAAAUUGUUAAAUUUUUGGAAAGAAUUAUCGAUGUGGGAAAAGAAGCUCCCUCAACAGAUGAAGAUGAUCAAAGAAUUUGCCAUUUCAUGAAAUAUUUACAAGCAUUAGCUAACAUGCUUAUUCAAAAGAAGUGCUAUGUGACGGCAACCUGUAUCGUGCGUUUUCUCACUACGUUGACACAUUUAUUACGAAACAAAACAAUGUACUUGGAAACAGAAGGACAUUACGAGUGGAUUGCUGACGUUUGUAAAACGAAAGAAUUUGAGGACAAAGAAUUAGGAAAGGCUCUCGUAAAUCAUUUGGUGUUAAUUGCAUGUAUUUUCUCAGAUAUGACAAAGAUUCAUGAAGUAGCUUCGGAUGUUCUUGGAAAAGUUGGGCAUUUUGAAAAUUCAGGCGUAUCAUCAGUUACAAAUAUGCUUGUGAUUAAUUGUCCCUCUGAAUCUGCAGAUGUCUUGAUUUCAUAUUUUAAUAUCAUUAUUGAUGACUUAGAUUGGAAGUUUCAGCGAUUAGAAAGCCUCAAGAAAGACCUUGAUAGCUAUGAAAAUAUGAAGCACAACAUCUUUCAACAGGCUGCAGUCUUGAUUGAUUCUAUCGAGAAGUUAGCAAGUGCAACUCUCCCAAUGGAAGUGAGUGACAAACUCUUCGUGCCGCUCAUCAAAUAUUUCACCUUAAUUGCUUCUUUCACAGAUACCUAUUUGGCUUUACCGAAAGAUGACGUCGAAGAAUUACCUGAAGAGUUUGUCGACUUGGUUGAUCAAUGUGGACGCUUUACAAACUCAACUUACUCGUUUAUUGAUUAUCACAACAGCGAGGAAGAAGUUUCCUCAAUGAAAGUCAUGAGAGAGGCAAGAAAUGUUCCAGAACUUGUUUACAGAAUGGAAACAUCUGAACAGAAAUUAAUUCUACUCUCCAAAAACUUGAAUGUGAACCUUUUGAAGAAUUACAAACGGUCUCAAGUUCGAUCUUUUAUAAUUGACCAGAAUAAGAUAGCAGAAGAAAAGAAGCAAAAGAAGAAAAAAUCAAAGAAGGAAGAUGACGACGGAGACAAUGACGAGAAUCAUCAAAAUGAUGGAGAGGAGGGUGAGGAAAAGCGCACACAAAAGAAAAAGAAAGAAAGCAACUAA